AUGGCUUCCGAACGCGUGCGGCCAUCUCAGCGCUUUCAGCGCCUGCUGGAUCAGCUUUCUCAAUGUCAUGAAGAGGAGCUGAAUCGCACCGUGCCGACAUGGCUCUCGGCAGACGUCGACAGGGUGCGCCACGAGCUGACUUGCCCAAAAUGCAGCUUCAACUUGAAUGUCGCGCUGCCAAAUUCGGUGAACGAAGACACGAAGUGGGGAACGCGUGUACGAGCGCCAGUCCAUUCAGACACAAUCUGUAGUGGUUCUGGCAUCCGAGUGGAAGAGAUCACUUCUCCUCCGCCCGUGCCACGACCUGCCAAUCUGUUGACGGUGGCCGACGCGAUGCCCCUGAAGUUGAGGGGGGACUUGGAUGCCACUCCACGGAGUUCGGAAAGCGAUGUGUCCGUGCUGGAGGACGAUCAGGACUUGCCAGCGCAGCGAAUCACCAACGCAGUUUCCGGUAUCUCCAACGUCACGUCACACCGCUCUCGAUCUCAAGGUGCUGACGAGCGCUUUCCCCUGCGCCGCCUAUGGGCCUUGGAGAGCAAAGUGACAACCAUGCGUGUGACACGAAGAGCUGCUAGCAAAAGCAAGUCCAUUGAAUUGGAGGACACUCUCUCCGGUUCAGCACAGGCGAAACAGGAGUCCGAUGGGUACACAGAAGCCAUGGCCGACUGGAGACGUCGCCUGAUCUCGUACCCCAGCAGCCUCCACCGCUUGGUUUGGGACAUGAUGGGAGGUCUCUUGAUUAUGUACGACCUCUUUGCAGUUCCGCUUCAAGCCUUUGAUCCGCCGGAAUCAACAGCGGGCCUUGCGAUGGACUGGAUCACGCUGGUGUAUUGGACGAUGAAUGUGGGAGCUUCCCUUACGACUGGCUACGUCGAGGAAGGCAUUACGGUCAUGGACCCGUCACUGAUUGUCCUCCGCUAUCUGAGGACUUGGUUCAUUGUGGACUUGGUCGUGCUUGGACCGGACUGGGUCUUCACCAUCAUUGCAUCGGAUUCUGGCAAUGAGGUGCGGAUGCUGCGGGUCGUGAGGCUUGCACGAGUAAUCCGCUUGCUGAGACUCGUACGCUUAAAGCGUUUGUUCGAGAAGAUCGAAGAUGCCCUCGAUUCUGAGUACUACAGUGUGCUCUUCAAUAUCUUCAAGAUGAUGCUGCUGCUCUUCACUGUGAACCACGUGAUUGCAUGUGCCUGGUAUGCGCUGGCAGAUCUGCAGCCGGGAGGUGUGAACACGUGGGUUGACACCUUGCGCCUCACAAUGAGCUUAGAGUCUUUCGACUGGGUACAUCUGUACUUGGUGUCCCUGCACUGGAGCCUCACGCAGUUCACCCCAGCAGGCAUGGACGUCACACCGACAAACGAGAUCGAGCGGGGCUUCACGAUCGGUGUUGUGAUUUUUGCCUUGGUCGGCUUUGCUUAUGUUGUGGGAAGCAUAACUGCAAGCCUCGGCCAGCUGCGAGCCAUGUCCGAAGAGGCCUCCAAGGACUUCUGGCAGAUGCGGCGCUUCUUGAACCAGAACUCGGUCGACCACAUACUUGCCGCACGAAUUCAACGAUUCGUCGAGUAUGCUUACACCCGGCAGCAAAAGACCAUGUCCAUCAACCAAGUGAAGGUCCUCUCUCUGCUAUCCAAGCAGCUGAUGGAGGAGCUUCAGUCCACCAUCAACCAGCCACACAUGAAAGUGCACCCUCUCUUCAACUUCCUCAACGAGUUCUCGUUCAUCACUAUGAACCGCCUGGCCAAGGAGUCGGUCUCUCAUAUGGAGAUGGCGCAGGGCGACACUCUUUUCCUGCCGGAGCAGCAUGCAACCUGCAUGUACUUCGUGGCCUUUGGUCGGCUGGAGUAUGUCCGGGUUCUUGAGAGUGGCGAGAUCAAGGAGUUUGUGGACAAGGGCGAGGACUGGCUUGCGGAGCCUUCGCUAUGGACAGAAAACUGGUAUCACGUUGGCGAAGCCAAAGCCUACACUGACUGUGAAGUGCUCCUGAUAGACCCGCAGGCCUUCGAGAACAUUCUGAAUGUGGUGAGACCAGUCGCCAGCAUUGUAGCUCAAUAUUGCAGGCUCUUCAUGGUCUGGCUCGAGAGCUUGGAAGAGCAGGAGGGCAUGCUUACCGAUGUCAUCCAAGGUGAUCAAGUCUCUGACACCAUCAGAAGCUUUCUGCCUAGCUGGAUGAUAGAGAAGCACGAUGAGGCAGCCCUUCCAGAGCCUGGCGAGCAGACGCGACGUAAGUCAAUAUCGGUGCGCCUCAAGAAAGGCUUUUCAACUGGCUUCCAGUAUUUGGCUGGCAACGGCAAGUGA